UACAGAUGCACGUGUUGCUCCAGUUGUGAUGGUCGCAGGCCGUGCAGGUGUCGCAGGUGGAGCAGAGGCAGCAGCAGCAGCAGCAGCAGCGGCAGCAGCACGAGCAGGAGCGGCGCCGCCACACACUAGCGCCCCUGGCGGCGUCCGGCGCUCCGCCUUGCCUAAAAUGGCGGUGUUGGGGGUCGGCGCGCGCGGCCGCGGUUAGUGUGACGGAGCAUGUGCCCGCGGCGCCCGGCCGCUCUCGCUCCCCCUGCUGCUGCUGCUGCCGCUGCCCGUCGCCGCGCCUCUCCUGCUCAGCCUCCACAGCUGCAGCAGCCUUCAGCCCCGGCCCGAGUGGGAAUAGUGACUGCGGACGCGCACAGGCGCCGAGAGCGCGGGUGGAGGGGCAGCCGCAGCCGCAGCCGCAGCAGCCCGCGAGACCUUAGUGAUCAGUGUUAGCGUGAAGCCCUUCUUCAGCAGCAGCGCCACGUGCAGCGCGCCCUGCCCGCCCACCGCGCCCGUGGCUGCCAGCAGCUGCAGCAGGGGCGGCCUCCACCAUGGCCUCCACCGGGCAGGCGAGCGGCUCCAACAAGGCUAUGAACGGCGGCCGCUUUGACUUCGACGACGGCGGCACGUACUGCGGCGGCUGGGAGGACGGCAAGGCCCACGGCAACGGCGUGUGCACGGGGCCCAAGGGCCAGGGCGAGUACUCGGGCUCCUGGCACUACGGCUUCGAAGUCAGCGGCGUCUACACUUGGCCCAGCGGCAGUACGUACGAGGGCCAGUGGCAGAACGGAAAGCGCCACGGCCUGGGCGUCGAAACCCGCGGCAGGUGGGUUUACCGAGGCGAGUGGACACAAGGCUUCAAGGGGAGGUAUGGUGUCCGCCAGUCGACCACGUCUUCGGCCAAAUACGAAGGCACUUGGGCCAAUGGACUCCAGGAUGGCUACGGGUCUGAGACGUAUGCUGAUUCGGGAACCUACAAAGGGCAGUGGCUGCGCGGCCUUCGUCAUGGCUACGGCGUGCGCACCUCCGCCCAGUUCGGCCAGGCCUCCGUCAGCAGACCGAGAGCGAACAACAGGGGCUCCACGACCUCCCUGCGCUCUGACGGGGCAGGCGACCCUCUCGCCGAUAGAGAUAGAAAGGUAGACGAUGGGCGCGGUGGUUUCGUACUGAGGGCGAGGAGUGACGAGAUACCACGUCGCAGGGGCAGUCUCGUCUCCGAUCGACCAAGUAACAUCAGAAAUGUCUUCAAGGGCCUGAAGAUGCGCCGCCAACGAAGCACGGGCGACAUCCAGACGGGGCGCGCGUCUGGAUCCAUUCGCUCGACCGGGUCUUCGGCGUCGUGGAUGUCGACGGACUCCGGCCAGUCGGCGUACACAGUAGGAGACGUUCCGGACGAGGGUUCCAACGCCUCCUUCAUCAUCGAGGUAGGGUUGCAGGACGAACAGCUGGACGCGAGUGUGGUGGAGAACUACAUGGGCGAGUGGAAGAACGACAAGAGGUGUGGCUUCGGCGUCUCCGACCGCACCGACGGACUCAAGUACGAGGGCGAGUGGUACAACAAUAAGAAAUACGGAUACGGCGUUACUACGUUUAAGGACGGCACCAAGGAAGAGGGCAAAUACAAGAACAACGUCCUCAUCACCUCCAACAAGAAGAAACAUGUUUUCCUCAUCCGCUCCGCCAAGUUUCGCGAGCGGAUCGAGGCAGCGGUGGCGGCGGCGCAGAAGGCAGCCAAGAUCGCCAUGCAGAAGGAGGACAUCGCUAUCUCUCGGACCGCUACUGCCCGCGGAAAAGCCGAGCAGGCAGACAUGUACGCCGUGCACGCAAGAGAGGACUCCGACAUUGCAAGAAUUUUCGCCAAACAGUUUGCACCAGAUUUCCACCAGCCAGGAGUCGCGGCGCAGGAGGCGGCGGGCUCGCGACGCACGUCCAUGAACCCGGGCGGCGGCGGGAUGCUGCCCGACGCAUCGCUGGCGCAGAUGACCCGCGGCGACUCGCUCAUGCGCGGGAACACGCCCAUGCGGCAGAGCGCCCGCGGCGGCUCCAAGCCCCCGGCGGCGCCCGACUUCAGCUCCAUCCCCAGCGCCACCCUCAACGACCGCUUCAGCCACUACAACAGACCGCCGUCGCGCCCGCCAUCGCGCGACCGCUCCGUGGACCGCUUCGCGUCGCGCGGCCAGACGCCCGUGCCGCCCGAGCUGAUCAACCCGCGGUCGCGCGCGCCGUCCGCGCAGCGCUCGACUGCGCAGGACUGGACGCCGGACUCGGGCGUGUACGACGACGAGGCGGCGGCGCCCGCGGGCGGCUCCCGACGGCCGUCACGCCCCGCCUCCAUCAUCUCGGGAGAGGCGCCGGCGCUCACCGGCAACGGCUCGGUGGGCGGCGGCUUCCCCGUGCCCUACACCAUCCCCUCGAGCCCGCAGGAGGCCGAGAGCCUUCUGCGCAAGCGUGCGUGCGGCCAGGAGAUCCCGCCGUGCCCGCCCACGCCCGGCCAGGGCACCGUCAAGCGCACAGAGUCGCUCUACAUCAACCCCAUCGUGCGGCGUCAGGCGCAGGUUAAGACGGCGCCGGCGCCCGCGUUGAAGCGCAAGAAGUCGCUGCCGGAGGUGCCGGGGCUGCCCGUGAACAUCAUGUCGCGCGAGGAGGCCGCGGUGCUCAGCUCCGCCCAGAGGCACGAGUUCCGCCGCCAGGCCGAGGAGGCCGAGCUGUACCGCGCCAACCCGCUCCUCUACCUCACCAGUCCUGCCGUUCAGGACUGGUUUUCCCGGCAGCGGCUGGUUAUGCUCAUCCUCUUCCUCAAUCUGUCGCUGGCCUUGAUGUUCUUCAAGCUCCUCUCGUAGCAGCCAGCGAGGUCGCGGGUUCUCGAGGCUGCCGCCCUCGCCGCCGCCGCCGCCGCCGCCGCCACGUGAGAGCCUCGCUUGCCGCAGCCCCACUCUCAGGGAGUGCCAGAAGCAGCAACAGCAGCAGUACCACCAGCAGCCCUAGGCGUCCCUGCGUGUCGGCCGCCGCCCGUGCCUUCCUCAGCAGACCACGCCUGCUCCUCGCCUGCUCACGUGUGCUGUCAGAAUCUUUAUUUUGUUAUGGUUCGUGACGCGUUCUGCCGCCCAUGUGUGAGCCGUCCCUUUUUGUACCGCCGCCGCUGCCGCCGCCGCCACCGCCGCCGCCGCCGCCGCCGCCGCUGCCGCCGCCGUAGCUGAUGUCCUCAGUGGGCGGCGUAGGAGCUCACGUCGCGCCACGGCCCGACUGCCCUUGCCCUGCGCGGCCCGGGGGCUGGGGAGGGGAGGGGGAAGGCGAAAGGAGAGGAGGAGAAGGAGAAGAAGGGAAGAGAAAGAAAGAAAAACCCAAGAGUGAGAAGAGAAAACAAGAAUCGGAAGAAAACGAAGAAGCCGGCCCUUCGAAUCCACGGAAGAAGAAGAAGAAGAAGAAGAAGUAGAAGAAGAAGGAGGAGGAUCGAGUGAGUUUUGAUAAAAACAAGGAUUUGGAAUAAGUUAAUAGAGAGAGAGAGAAAAAAAAAAGAGAGAAAAGAAUAAAGAUAAUGCGUACAUAUUCUGAAACGGUGACUGAAUGAGCUCUUUGUCCCUUGUGGAGUGUUUUGGCUGUGCCUCAUUUCCCGUGUCACGUGACCGCAGACUCACACAGCCGGGGCGAAACCUGUAAAUUGCUUCUCGUUUACUACUUAACCCAUUGACGCGGUCUCCACAGGCCCGGGCGGUUCGCGAACUGAAAGAAAAAAAAAAUAAUGAAAAAGAAGAAAGAUUUAAAAAGAAAUCAAGGAAAAGAAAAAAAAGAUAUAAUAUAUAAGCCCCGGUUUACACUCGCUAAUCUUGCAUAAUAGGCACUAGUUUUUUUUUUCUUUUUUUUUCAUAUCCACCUAAUGUACUCUUUGUGAAGUUUAGUACGGCAUUGUAUUCUUUGUAAUUUCUAGUACUGGUUGAAUGGUUUUUGUUGUUUUUUUUCCAAGAAGAAGAGUAAGAGUGUAUUACUAUUACGAUUUUACUGGUUGCCUCUCGUGCGUCAGAGGUCAUAUUGACUUUUGCGCCGAGGGAAUAUUUGUACAGUGAAAGAACCAUUUGUACUUAAAAAAAAUAGAAGAAAAAUAUGAGUCUCCCAUCUGCUGUCUUUUUUUUUUUAACGGAAGGGAGACCAUAAAGACUCACAUGCAAGAGGAGGGGUAUUAUGAGUAUGUUAUUCUUGUGUUUUCUCUCUCUUUUUUUUGUAUAUGAAAAAAAGAAUAAGUUUCAGUGUUUGGCUUAUGAGGAGAAAGCGGGACGUGGGAAUGGAUUUUUCUCGUGUACCCCGUUUUCUGUUUAUUAUUGUCAUCUAUUUUUUUUUUGCCUUUUGAUUAGCUCAAAUUUAUAAUUUCAUUGUCACUGAUGAUGCUGAUGUGCAUAGUGUAUGAAUUCUCUCUUUUGUAUAAUAUUUUUUUUUUUGUCUUUUAAUCUUGUUUCUUUUUGUAACAAUAGUAAUGCGUAUUAUGCCGUUACCCCUGGGACGCUCCUGGUGGCACUCAGCUGGCACUUGCCAGCACUUGCCCUCAUUUGCCAACACUUGCCAGCGCUCCACCAGCAGCCUCCCAUGCCGGCAUGACCAAGACUGUUGUAUUAUAAUCACAUGCAAAAGAAGAACACUUUUUUGUGGUCUUGACACGUGCUAGAAAGCUAAACUGCUUAGUCAGACACCAUGGUUUUAGUUUUCCAUAGGAAACUCUUUAGUAAUUCCUUUUUAUUUAUUUAUUUAUUCAUCCAUUUAUUUUUAUUCAUUUUGGCUAAUUUUUUUGUAGUUUUAGUUGAGAAGUGUUGAUAAGAAGAAGGAUAACGUUGAAGCCUGGGCCGCGUCCCCGCAGGAGGAGGCGCUCGGCCCUGUGGUUGUGUUGCAGUUUUACUUGUGAUGUGUUCCUGCCACUCUGCACUUGCCGGUGCGUUCAACUAAAUCUUUGACACACACAACUUUGCAUUUCUUUUAUACUUUUUUGCUAGAACACAGACAGCGUUUGAUCGCCUGCCACCACAGGGGCCAGCCUAGCAACCUCGGGGAAGCGGGCCCUCAGCCUCCCGCCGGGGAGCACCUUCAGCCAGACCCGCGUCUGCCUCUGUUAUUCUUAGUGUUACGAUUACUCUUAUGCCCGCCCUCCCUUCCCCGUUGUUCAAGGGCCGCGUGUGAACCCUGACUCACAUUGGCGAAUCCUACCAGGUCGCGCUACGACUCGGGCCGAACACCCCUCCGGCUGCAGGUGCUUCCAGGUCGCAGUCCAGGCAGGUCCUUGCGCCGUUCCAGCCGCUGUUAGUUUGUGAGAUUCACUGGCGAAGAAAGACGAAACGGAAAAUAAAACGGAGACCAUUCCUCUGCCGGCGAAAGUUCCUCAUGAGACGAUGACGAGUGCCUUCCUGCGUGAGGAUGAGGGCUUUCCCGGUUCUGGAGGGACAGGAUCGAGCCUUUAUAUGACUAGUUGUUCAUUCAUUCGUAUUUGUUGCGAGGCGCAUUCUUCACGACGCUGGAGACGGCCGUUCUUUUUCGAAGGUCAUGGCCCUUCCUCCUGCUCGGAAAGAACACCCGGCAUUAGCGUGUCCUCUCCCCUCUUCCGGGUCGCGUUCCGGCGAAGGGGAACACGACGCUGAUCUAGUGCCCGGCGUUCCUUCCUGUGUCUUGGCACGGACCCUUCCUCCUUCCUUAUCUCUUAGACACGCGACUCCUCGUCCUCCUCGUCCUCCUGCUGGGCGCCCGAGGGAAGGUCCGCAGUAGCAGGACGAGCAGAGAGAGAGCGCUGAUUCCCUCGAACUUUAAAAAAAAAGAAAAGAAAAAGAAAAUUCAAGCAAGAAAAACAGCUGACUGUGACUCGUGCGUGUGUGGGUGCGAUGUCGAUGUAUGUUGUCUUUGUCGAGCGGCGCGUGGCAGUUGCUGCGGAGCAUCACUUCGGACCUUAUUUUAGAACUAUCUCGAGCAAACCAGCCUUUUUGUCUCGGUCCUCUAGCUGACAGCCGCUCUCCCCCCCACCCCCACCCCCACCCCCUCUUCUCGCCUCGUCCUCCGGUCUCGCGAAAGUUGUUUUUUUUCCAUCUUCCUUCGAGAACUGGAGGACACAGAAGGAGAAAGAGUGGGGAUAGGGGGUUGGGGGAGGGGGCAGAGGUGACAUCUAGUGGUCGAGAAUCGAACCAGACAUACCUUACAGUUCUCGCCGUCUCUCGAACCUCACGUAAGAGGGGGGGGUUGCGAUUGGGGGAGGGGGAGAAAGAGGAAUUCAGAACAAGAAAAGAGGAAAGGAAAAUAAAUCUUUUAUUUAUUAUUUAUUUUUUUUUUUACUUUGGGAGACAUAAGAAAAUGUAAAAAAAAAAGUAAAAAUUAAAAUUUAUAAAUGGGGAGGUUAAUUCGGACUUUAAUUUCGAGUUAUUUACUAAUUUGCAUUGUCUCCGAAUGAAUAAUAAUAUAAUAUAAAAUGCUGUAAUUGAAGGAAAGAAAAAAACAAAAUAAAAUACCAAUAACCUCCAUCGUCAAAAUCAAUAUCAACUUUAAUGACAGAAAAUUAGAUUUUUUUUUUUUUUUUUUUUUUUU